CACCUGCAGCCUGCGAGAGCAACACAAACCAGACAGGUGCGAGGGGAGCGUCUGUCUUCGUGGUGUGAGCAUGGACCGAGGUGCACUGUGAAGAUGGCUGCACGGGGAGACAUGGACGGGUGAAUGGAGGCAACAUGCAAACCCUGAAGACCUUGGAUCUGCAACACUUUGCCAAGCGACUGAUGGAGUCACGUGAUCGCAACACCAUUUCUACUUCAGCUGGAGGCAGUCAGUGAGCUUCAGGAUGAACCCGGCUCUAGUCCCAGGCAGGGACAACCUCCCGCUUAAGAAGAGGGACCAGCGAUCAUGCUCACCAGUGCAGCAGCAACAGCUGUGUGAUGCGGCAAAUUUCAAGGCACCAUACCCAUAUAAGAACAACAGUGAGUUCAAAACUAAACACUCCAGCCCCUUUCAGCCAGUGCCAAGGCGAGUCCCCGCACUGUACCAGCCCUGGAUGCAGACGCCCACAAGGUCUAAACCUCACGUCCUUUCUGCGUUCAAGGAGCAUCACGGCUGGGCGGAAUGGAGAGAGUUCAGCCCCCUGCACCCCGGGUGGGACUUUCCCCAACAAUGCCAGCACCAAAGCUUGUCUGGUACUCCUGUGCUCCAUCCGGCCCAUCCGCACUACGCCUCCAGAUUCAGCGCUGUCUCCCUGGUAGCCGAGGAUUUCCACAGAGCGAGUGGAGGGUACGGCUGGGAGAGGACAUUAAGAGACAAGGGUUUGAACCCAGAGAGGCAGAGCUACAGCCGGCACAAGGGUCCAUAUGUGAGGAGCGGAGACAGAAAAACUGAAUAUUUUCCCCGGGUUGAAAAAUCUAUUUUUCCACACGAGUAUCCUAAGCUUCAACACGAUUCCUUGCACAAAUCCAUAAAAGCUGCCAAAGUCCCCGUUCCUGGACAUUCCUUCGUGAGAGUUUCCUCUGACGGCACACGCGCCUCCGCCAAGGAGGACACGUCUCCCGUCGCCUCCUCUAAGCGCGCUUCUUCUUCUUCAUCUUCUUCUUCUUCGUCUGCCUCUCCGAGCCGUUUCCCCUGGCUGCUCCCUCACUUUGUGGCGGGCUCUCUGAUUGAACUCAGGGACGGGCGGCUGAGAAGGGUGGAGCACCUGCAGACUGAAGACUUCCUGCUUGGCUCACUGGCCUGUCCAGACCUCCGCCUGAGCUGCUGCACGGUGCAGAGCAUCUUCUCUUCCGCCUCCUCCGCCUCCUCCUCAUCAUCAUCAUCAUCAAUCUCCCGCCUCCUCAUCCUGCUUCACGACCAGCAGUCCCAGGAGAUGGUGGAUGUGUAUGUUGAGUACCCGUUCUUUGUGCGUGGGCAGGGCUGGUCUUCCUGCAGCCCUCAGAGGACGGCGCGUCUCUGCGGCCUGCAGUGCCGUCAGCUCUGCGUGGGGGACGUCUGCUUGGCUCUUACGCCCGUCUCAGCUCCCCAGCCCACGCUGCCGGCCACCCUGGAGCCGAAAUCCCCGCCCAAGCAGUCGCAGGAGGCGGGGGGCGAGGGCCUGGAGGCGCCGCACCCGCAGGCCGCCCCGUCCGCCCAGAAUUCCGGGGAGCCAGAGCCGAGAGCAGGGGGCCAAAAGAUGGGGGCGGAGACGGUCCGCAGGAGACACUAUUCAGCCCCUGAGCUGAGAGGUCCAGGGACAAAUUGUAUUUAGUGAACAGGGUCUAUUUUAAGCUGUGCUGUAAUCAGCCUAUAUAUGCUGUCUCUCUACCUCCUGGAUCACAUUUUUUGUGCUUGAUUGUUUUUCUGAUUUGGAUCUAAAGAGUAAAAGUGGGAAGACGCAGUACGAUUAACACUCAGGAUCCCCUGGAGGUAAAUUUGCACAUACUGUAUUUCUCAAGGUUAGUCAGGGAUCACACACUGGAAACUUCAAUGAUAAAAGUCUGUAAAAACACAGAAUUCAGAUCGUAUCCACGUGAGGGAACUCAGGCUAUGAAAAACAAUUUCUGUGAGAACGUGUCACACCAAAGUAUAAAUCUACAGGGGAAGCCGAUUCAUUGACAUCUGAAGGGGAAUCCUGCAGAUUCGAGAAAAUAUACUUCUGAGUUUUAGCUCUUUUAGAGUGAGUCCUCACGAUAUUCUGGCAGUUCUGACUAAAUCAGCCCACGUUCCUUGAAAAGCACAUAAAACUACUCCCUCAGGUCUUUCACUGCUGAUGAUACCGUUUAAAGUUUAUCUCUCUUCUGCUUAACGUUAUGUAAGAGUUUUUCGUGAUCACAAAAGAAAAUUCCACUCCAAGUUAGAAGCCUGAAAAUGUUCUUUCUCAGAUAAAGAGGGAGUUUCAUGUUGACAAUCAAUGCCGUGUUUGAUUGUAUGAGUCAGAUUUACGCUUCUACCUCUGUUUUCUAUUUACAGUUAUAUUCUACGUGUCUGUGUGUAACCAGCUAUAGGGCGUGGUGUUAUAUGCUGUGGUGGUGAAAGUCAGGGUGAAUGUCUUUAUCUGCCUGGUGGUUGUUAAAUGCACAUGUUGUAUAUGCUUUUGCUUUUUGUACCUUUUUAAAUGUCCCGCCGUCAAGAGCGGGGACCAUUCAUGCCAUUCUAAGUACUUGAAAGGCGCAGUCUCUCUGUGAUGUGAUGUUCUUUUCAGUAUAACAAGCAGACAGUCAGUACGUUUACAUGCAUAUGAAAAAAAAAAACUAAUUACUGCCUUGAUCUGACUUAAACUGGACGACAUAAGUGCAUGUAAACACGAUAAAUCAGAGUUCCUUAUCCGGUUAAGACACCCAGAUAAUGAGAUUGGAAAUCGAUUUACAUCAGUCAUUCGAUUUUCUCAGUUGCAUGUAAACUUGGACAUAGUCGAAUUUCGAGCACAGCCUGAUUAAGCUGCGCAUGUAAACGCACUGACUGUGGACGCUGUGGAUAAUGUGAAA